AUGUCUCUCCGUCCCGAAGAAGACUUCGACAAUUACGACGACUACAUCUUCCACAUGGCCGGCGGCGACGUCGAGCAAGCCAGUGGAGGAGAAGCCUCCAGCGACUCCGAAGCAGGAUCUUCGCAGUCCGCAACCCUGCCCUCCCCACCCGAAGAAAGGGAUUCGGGCAACGAAAUGGACACCACUUCGUCCCAGCCUCCUCCCUCUUCCCCUUCCUACGGAAGCAGCGGCGAAGAAAUGGACACGGGGGCUUUCGGUCCCACAUAUCAAUCCUCAAACGACGAGGAUUCCUCGGACCUCAGCGACGCGCCUUCAGACCACGAAGAGCUCGGAAGCGGAGAAGUGGAGAUGGCGGAUGCAAAUUCAUCCUCGGACGAACCCAACAUGGCGCAGGAUAUUCCUCUUCCUGAACCUGCUCCAGCAAAUCCUCCCGCUGAGGUCGAAGAAAUCGACAUGCGGGACGCGGAUCCGGCACCGGCUCCAGAGCCGCAACAGGAGAAAGCCGUCGAGCCGGUUUCCGAGGCAGAGGAAAAGGAGCACACUGCCACUACCACCACUACCACCAUGAAAGAAGAAGAAGAAGAAGAAAAGGUCACAGAGAUGCAAGCAUCUCCUUCACCCCUACCAUCUCCUCAACCAUCUCCACCACUACCGCCCGCCCCCAUCACACACGACACCCCCGCUUCUCUGCCCUCGGAGCCCACCGAGCAGCAGCAUUCUCCUGCCCCCGAACCCAAAUCCAUCCAAAAAGAGGAGCUUCCAGCACCCGUGGCCAACGAAGCCAUUCCGCCUCCCACACCAUCACCAGCACCGUCCGCAGAAACCGCGCGUAUCCAAACGCUUCUUUCUUCUCUCGCCCUCUUGAAUGAAAAGAGCAAGGCAUUCUUUUCGCGACUGGAUGUUCUGCACGCGAAGAUUGAGGCGUUGUAG